GGUCUGUGGAGUUGCAGGCGGUUCUACGGGAAGACUGGGCGAACUGGCUAAUACUGGGCCGCAGCGAACUCCCUACAUCUCCUUCUUAUUAUCCGGCCUGACGACGCUGCUGUGAGGCCUCCGGCCGAGGAGCCGGACCGAGACAAGAUGGCGCCUCCUGUGUGGCUCAGGCCGGGCAUUCUCCUGCUGCUGUUGACGGUGGCGGCCGCGGCCUCGGACGCUUCUUGCCCGGCUCCUUGUGUGUGUGAGGGGAGAAUGCUGGACUGCAGCAGGAGGAGGCUGGGCCGGCUGCCUGCGGCUCCGCUGCCCGAGGGCAUCACCAGCCUGGAGAUCAGCCACAACUGGUUGACUUUAUCCAACAGCAGCCUGGUGCCCGAACUGUACUCCCUGCAGGAAGUGAAAAUGAAUUACAAUGAGUUAACAGCAAUCCCUCACCUUGGAGAACCAACCGCUAACAUCACGCUUCUCUCACUGGUACAUAAUAAAAUUUCUGAACUGAAUGGAGAUCUGCUGCAGCAAUAUCUGUCGCUGGAAACCUUGGACUUGAGCUCCAAUCUUCUCACUGAAAUAAAAAGCACAUUCUUCCCCAGGAUUCCUUUGAAGCACUUGAACCUGAGCAACAAUAGAAUUACAACUUUGGAAGUUGGUUCAUUUGACAAUUUAUCUGGAUCAUUAAUAGUUUUGAAACUGAACCGGAACAAACUAAGUGCGAUUCAGCCUAAAAGUUUGAAGCUCCCAAAUUUGCAACACCUUGAAUUAAGGCGGAAUCGAAUUCAAAUAGUGGAGAGCCUGACUUUUCAAGGUCUGGACUCGCUAAAAUCUUUAAAAAUGCAGAGGAACGGAAUUGGCAAACUAAUGGAUGGUGCAUUUUUUGGAUUGGACAGUAUGGAGCAUCUGGAGUUAGAAUAUAACAAUGUCACGGACAUUAACAAAGGCUGGCUAUAUGGACUGCGAUCACUGCAGCAGUUGUACAUGAGUCAAAAUGCAAUCAACAGGAUCAGUCCAGAUUCUUGGGAGUUCUGCCAGAAUCUCUUGGAUCUAGACCUGUCAUACAACCAGAUAAACCGUUUGGAUGAGUUUGCAUUUGUUGGACUCACCUCACUGGAAAAACUGAACCUAGGGGAUAACCGAAUAAAUCAUAUCGCGGAAGGUGUAUUUAAGGGACUUGCAACUCUUCUGACAUUGGAUCUGCGAAACAAUGAAAUCUCCUGGGCUAUUGAAGAUUCCACUGAAGCGUUUGCUGGACUUUCCAAGCUACAUACACUUGUUUUGCAAGGAAACAAGAUUAAAUCUAUCACGAAAAAAGCUUUCACUGGUUUGGAUUCGCUGCAGCACCUGGACUUGAGCAAUAAUGGGGUUAUGUCUUUGCAAGAUGAUGCCUUUGCUCAUAUUAACCUCCAAGAGUUAAUCCUAAACACAAGCCAUUUGCUUUGUGACUGUCAGCUAAAGUGGUUUCCCCAGUGGCUAAUUGACCACGGAUUGCAGAAUUCUGUAAAUGUGAGCUGUGCCCACCCCGAUUGGCUGUCCGGCCGUUCUCUGCUCAGCGUGGAUUCUGGAGACUUUGUCUGCGAUAAUUAUCCGAAACCACAAAUCAAAGUUCACCCGGAAACAACCGUGGCACUGAAAGGAAUGAAUGUGACUCUCACAUGUGCCGCAGUCAGUAGCAGUGACACUCCCAUGUCUACAGCGUGGAGGAAAGACAGUGAAAUCUUGUACGAUACAAAGGUGGAAACCUUUGCCAGAUAUCAGAAACACGGGGCUGAGUUAGUGGAGUAUACAACGGUUUUGCACCUCUUCAAUGUGAACUUUACAGAUGAAGGAAAAUACCAAUGCGUGAUCACCAACCACUUUGGCUCCAAUUAUUCCAGUAAAGCUAAACUCACGGUUAAUGAAAUGCCCUCCUUUCUUAAAACUCCAAUGGACUUGACAAUCCGCACUGGUGCCAUGGCACGUCUAGAGUGUGCAGCAGAAGGUCACCCAACUCCACAAAUUGCGUGGCAGAAAGAUGGAGGAACAGAUUUUCCUGCAGCCCGAGAGCGUCGCAUGCAUGUUAUGCCAGAAGACGAGGUCCUGUUCAUUGUCAAUGUCAAAAUUGAGGAUAUGGGGCUCUAUAGCUGCUCAGCACAAAAUGCGGCAGGCAGCAUAUCUACCAAUGUCACACUGACUGUAUUAGAAACUCCUUCUUUUAUGAGACCCUUGGAGGACCGAACAGUUGCUCGUGGGGAGACUGCUGUAUUGCAGUGUAUAGCAGGAGGAAGCCCAGCUCCUCGCCUGAACUGGACUAAAGAUGAUGGACCACUGAUGGUAACAGAGAGGCACUUCUUUGCUGCUGCAAAUCAGCUUCUCAUUAUUGUUGAUGCAGGCCCUGAGGAUGCUGGAAAAUAUACAUGCAGCAUGUCUAACACACUUGGAACUGAGCGGGGUCACAUCAACCUGUAUGUCUUGUCUUCACCAAACUGUGAUUCCUCACAAACCAUCAUGGGCUAUGACGAAGAUGGCUGGACUACUGUUGGCAUUGUCAUCAUUGUGGUUGUCUGCUGUGUCGUGGGGACGUCAUUGGUCUGGGUGAUUGUUAUAUACCACAUGAGAAGAAAAAGUGAGGAUUACAGCAUAACCAAUACUGAGGACAUGAAUCUGCCUGCGGACAUCCCCAGCUACCUGUCCUCCCAAGGAACCCUGUCUGAGCCUCCAGAGGGAUAUAGUAGCUCUGAGGCGGGCAGCCAUCAGCAACUCAUGCCGCCUGCCAGUAGCUGUGUUCAUAAGGGGACAGAUGGAUUGUAUGUUGAUACCGGUAGCGAGGCAGACGCAGAAAUCCUGAAUUUGCAGUAUGCAUCCAAUCUGCAGAAUGGUAGAAUACAGCAAUUAUAUGGUCGCGGUAACAGCUCACAUCCAGUAGACAGAAGGGACAGCCUUCCUGUUCCAGGCGCUGGUCAGCUUAUGAUCUGCUCUGAUUGUUACGACAAUGCGAACAUCUACUCAAGGACCAGGGAAUUCUGUCCAUAUACAUACAUUACCGAGGAGGACCCAAUGGACCACACUUUGGCUAAUCUCAUAGCUCCGAUUCCAAAGGAUAUAUUUCCACAUCAUUCACAUGACAUGGCCACAUCUGCUGCGGACAUGUCUGCAUUCCUCACCAGCUACGAUAGGAAGGACUGUGAAUCAUUUCCCUGUCCAUCUUGGAGCAUAAAGAAAGAUGACAGCCUUCCAGCAGCACAUCCUCACUUCUGCCACCAUCCUGUACCAGUCCAUGAGAAUAGCCUACUUAGAAAUGAAGUGGCCUCUUCAGUCAAGGCAGAAGAGCGCCCCCGUCCCAGACUUUGCACGAGGUCUUGUGACCAGGACUACGACUUGGGCAGGACUCCUAAUAUCGGUGAUUACAAGGAGACCACUUAAUGAGACCAAAGGAAUCUGCAAGUCAGCUGACUUUGUAUUGACUACCUCAGAAUUGAAUUCAUGGCCAAAAAGUGCUAGAAAGGGUUUGUUUACAAGCAUAUCACACGGACCAAUGCAAAAAUCCUCUGCGUCAGACCGCAGCGGGAUCAACGCUAUGUAGCUUGGACCGGUCGUUAUUUAAGCACUUCUACAAUCUGCAUCAGGAUGAGUUGACGGACAGAAGCUUCAGUGUAAAACGGAUCCUGAAAUCUGAAAAAACGAAAGAGCAAAGCCAUUUUUAAGUUUUGUUGCAGCUGGAUCCCUUUUUUAGGUGUUUUGUGACUGCGCAUAGAUGCAAGCUUGUACCCGUACACAGUUACCGAAAUGUCGGCUUCUACCGCUAUGUACUGUGAUUAUCAAUGCCUUAGAAAGUUCCAUCUGUGAGUAAAGCCAAACCUUGCUAGAGCCUCCUUUAACUUAUAGACCACCCAAGAGUCAGACAUUCCAGGGGGCUUUUAUUUUCCAAACUGAAUUCUGAACCUG